GUGUCUGUCUGCGAAGGUGCCACGGAAUUAGAAAAGAAUUUUUUAUUCUGUGGCGUUGCUGCUGAAAUCCCACACAUCACACACUGGCUUGUUUCGCGCCAAAGAUAGCGACAACAACAAACCAACGAAGUGAAGAAGCAGCUGUGCGGCUGUGGUCGUGCUGUUGUUUGUGAGUUGCAUGAGUCACGGGGACUUGCUUGACUUGACUCUGUCGACUGUCGACUGGCUGCUGGAAGGACAACAGAAGGGAGAAGGGAAGGAACAGCACAAAUACAAACAACAACACAAGUGAAGCACGGCGAUCGCUUCACGUUGCGCAGCCUCACCAACCCCUCGACAAGCAAGCCAGGCGACCAACCAAUCGACCAACCCAUCAAGCAGGCACCACCAUGCUUGGUGGCCUGCUGGGGUGGAUCGCGUUGGCGUGGAUCUUCAUCCACGGCGUGCACGCCUUCCUGUCAACCUCCACAUCGUCGAUGCCGUCGUCAUCAGUGGCCGCCGCGUCGUCGUACCUGGCACCCCAGCCGUCGAGCGGAAGCAAGAGCUCGACGUCCUCGGCAUACAGGGCGUGGCUGGACAAGCGCGGCAUCCGCAUCUCAUUCCUCAGCAUCACCUUCACCUCCAACCGGAUCGCAAAAUACUUCUACCGCAUCGCCCUGUGGUCGCCCACGGCCUGGCGGCUGUGGUUCUCGUUUGGGGUGUUUGUUGGCUGUGCGCUGCUGGCGCUGGGGCCGCUACUGGUCCUGUUCAACCUGACGGUCACCGCUGCCGACCUUCUUCCUUCCUUCUCCAUGCCCGCCACGUCGCCAUCCCUGCCGGGCCACGAGCACCAGCACCAUCAGCACGGCGCUGGGCUGCCCAUGACAGAGUCCAGUGGCAGCAGUUCCGCCGGUGUGGCGGGCACGACUUCCACACACGCGCCGCGCAUCCGGCAGUUUGAGAUGCGCCCACUCAUCCCGGGCGUCAACGUACCCGCAGAGCACACGCUCAUCUUCUUUGUGGUGGUGCUGCUCAACAGCCUGUUCCACGAGGCGGGCCACGGCAUUGCCGCUGCGCUGCACGAUGUGUACAUCGAGAACUGCGGCAUGUUCAUCCAGGUUGUUCUCCCGGGCGCCUUUGUUGAACUGCACUCGCCGCAGCUGAAUGCCGUCAAGGCAUUUCAGCAGCUCCGCAUCUUCUGCGCCGGCGUCUGGCACAACAUCGUGCUCGCUCUUCUAGCGUUUGCCGUCUACCUCGCCCUUCCAACGCUUCUGUCGUCGUCGUAUAUGUAUGGUCACGGCGUUGCUGUUGCUGCGCUUGAUGUGCACUCCCCGCUCGCCGCAUCGCUCCAGCCUGGGGAUGUCAUCACCGCCAUCAAUGAAGGCUGCGAGGUCAACACGAUUGAGGACAUUCACCGCUGCUUUGGGGACAUUGAGGCGCUGCGUGUGACGGGGCGCACGGGCAUGUGUUUGAGCCGUUCGCUCGUGGACGCAUAUCCGCCGCUGAAACCACCGCCGGGUGUGGAUCCACACGCAGAGGUGCACGCGGACUGCUGUGUUGAGGACACGGGCGACACCUCGCAGUCAAGGUUGUGCUUUGCGCAGCGGGCGGAGGGCUUGUUCAAGUGCAUCCCAGCGCGAAAGGCCGCAGACAGUGCUGCUGUUGAUCGCUGCGUCGCGCAUUCGCACUGCAGUGACGGCUUUGCCUGCUGGAACGUCACCCUCGAAGUCGACGACAUGCACUUUGUUCGAUUCCACGUGGCGGGAAAAGAGCCCGUACUAUUUCUUGGGCCCUUGAACGAAUUCUCGCAGUCUGUGCUGUUGUCGGACUAUGUGCCGCUUGGGGUGUCCAGCCUUCGCUUCCCGUUGGCUGUGCGCACGUUUCUCGGCUACAUGAUUGCGCUCUCCCCGGCGCUGGCUGUCCUCAACGCCCUCCCCUGCUGGCUACUUGACGGUGCACACAUGCUCAAGGCCGUGUUUGAGCUGCUGCUCCCGUCGCCGCGGUUUGACGAGGAGCGGGUGGCGGCUCUGCGCCGGUGGUGUCUGCACAUCAACUCGGCGCUCCUGGUGCUGCUCAUCGCUCUCUCCUUUUGGCGGUUGGCUGCAAGUUCGCCGCCUACGGCUCUACCGUCCACAGCACCGCACGCCGCGUCUGCCACCGCGUCUGCGGGGACGUAAAUCCCCCACCUUGUUGUGUUUGCUUUUCCAAUAACAGCACAUGACAUGCACUUGCUUGUUGAAGGCAUUGCUGCGUUGCUGCGCUCCGGCCCUCGCUCGUGCCAUCUGUUUUGCUCGACACGCGUAUUCAACGACCCCCCGGCUUUUGUUCGCCUGUGUGUGUUAUCAUCUUGGAUUUUGGGUCGCCUUUACUUUGGUUUCCAGCUAGCUCGUUAGAUAGGCUGUUGCUUCUUGCUCUUUUUGCUCUGCAUCUGUAAUUUGCUUGCACUUGUAGCGGUGUAUUGGGGUGUUGUUUUGCAAGCAAGUGUUAACUUGCUUGCCGCAUGCCCGUCCGUCCUUUCGUUCCCUGCAAUAACUAAACGAAUGAAUCGG